UCCUUGCUAAGUGGUUUUAAGGUGUUCUGGUACCCGGUGCAUUGUUCUGGUGGAGCCCCUGUGUAUAAUGCUGGUGAGCAGAGCACUGCUUGUUCCUGGGAUAACUGCGUUGGUUAACAUUAAUGAAGCCAGGAGUGCCAGGGUCUGUCCCUGUGAGCAGCUGAAAGCAAGGAGAAGGGAGCCCUGUCCCAGCAGACUGCAGCAGACCAGCGGACGGCAGAGGAAGAAAAGAAGCUGUGCACGGAGUAGUAGGGCCCAGUGACGAGAGGCAAACAUGGCCCAACCGCCCGCUGACCCCAGCAGUGUGGAAGCUGCAGAUCCUGAGGAGAGCUCCCCAAACAUGAUCGUCUACAGGAAGAUUGAAGACAUCAUUACAAGAAUGCAGGAUGACAAAACUGGUGGAGUCCCCAUCCGAACUGUCAAGAGCUUUCUGUCUAAAAUCCCUAGUGUCGUUACCGGUGCUGAUAUUGUGCAGUGGCUUAUGAAGAACCUCAGCAUUGAGGAUCAAGGGGAAGCAAUACACUUGGGAAGUCUUAUUGCUGCACAGGGUUAUGUGUUUCCAAUCUCAGACCAUGUCCUUACCCUGAAAGAUGAUGGGACGUUCUAUCGCUUUCAGGCACCAUACUUUUGGCCUUCAAACUGCUGGGAGCCAGAAAACACAGAUUAUGCCAUCUAUCUUUGCAAACGGACCAUGCAGAACAAAGCUAGGCUGGAGCUGGCCGAUUAUGAAGCCGAAAACUUAGCAAGACUUCAGAGAGCAUUUGCAAGGAAAUGGGAAUUCAUCUUCAUGCAAGCUGAGGCCCAAGUGAAAAUUGACAGGAAAAAGGACAAAACAGAAAGGAAAAUUUUGGACAGCCAGGAGAGAGCAUUCUGGGAUGUGCACAGGCCUGUGCCGGGCUGUGUGAACACCACAGAAAUGGACAUUAGAAAGUGUCGUCGUAUGAAAAACCCACAGAAGGUGAAAAAGUCAGUGUAUGGGGUUACAGAGGAAUCUCAGCCCCAAAGCCCUGUUCAUGUGCCCUCCCAACCCAUACGUAAAACUACAAAAGAGGAUUUCCGGAAACAAAUAACUUUUCUGAACCUGCAGAUAGACAGGCAUUGUUUAAAGAUGUCCAAAGUAGCAGAAAGCUUAAUAGCGUACACAGAGCAGUAUGUGGAAUAUGACCCUUUUAUCACUCCUGCUGAGCCUUCUAACCCCUGGAUAAGUGAUGAUGCAGCUUUGUGGGACAUUGAAAUGAGCAAAGAACCUAGUCAGCAGCGUGUGAAAAGAUGGGGCUUCUCCAUGGAUGAGGUGCUGAAGGACCCAGUAGGACGAGACCAAUUCCUUCGUUUCCUGGAAUCAGAAUUCAGCUCAGAAAACCUCAGAUUUUGGUUGGCUGUCCAAGAUCUCAAAAAACAACCUCUACAGGACGUGACCACCAGAGUGGAGGAAAUCUGGCAAGAGUUUCUAGCUCCUGGGGCCCAGAGUGCUAUCAACCUGGAUUCCCACAGCUAUGAGAAAACAAGCCAAAACGUCAAAGACCCAGGGAGAUACACAUAUGAAGAUGCACAGGAGCACAUUUACAAGCUGAUGAAGAGUGACAGCUAUGCGCGCUUCCUCCGUUCAAAUGCUUACCAGGACUUAUUGCUGGCAAAGAAGAAGGAUGGCCACUGCAUUGGCCCCAGAGGACACUGCUCCUGCACUGGCUGCAUACAAAUUCAAGAAGAUAAAACUACCUUCUACAUGCUGCGGUUACAGAAUCACCACCUCAGUAAGGAUUUCUGGGGAGAGGGCUUGGGCCCUUCUGUGAUUUCAGCCAGGCUGAUAUUCUAGCACCAACAGACAGCAUCUUUUAAACAGGCAUAUGGUAGCAGGGAUGGGCUGACACCUAGAAAGGCCCUGUAAAACAAACAGGGAUGGGGCACAUUUUCAGGCAGGUUCUCAAACACCACUGAGCUGCACUUGCCUGGGAAGUUCUCUACUGGACAGGAUCUGGGCUAUCUGCACCAUGCAGCACCUGGUGAGCAUUGGCACUGGAACUGUGUGGUCUCUUAGGGUCAUCCCUCCACAGGAUGAGUUGGAGCAGUACACAGACUGCUUGAACUAAUGCCAAAAUGGGCCCUAACACAUUCUUAGAUACGCAGGGCCCAACAUGCUUCCCAGCAGAAGUGGGGAUGCAUCCACCUUCCCGGUGCUGCUGGGAAGGCAGAGGAGAGCUCCAGCAUUCUUGGAGCUGUUUAAAGAGUUGGUGAGUACUGGGCUCAUAUAUGUUCCUUGUUUGUUUUACAUGUAGUGGUGCACCAGGGAUUCUGAAAGCAAAGCAUAGCAUCUGCUUAGAAAGCAUGGGAAAAUCUCAAAAAAUAAGGCAGGGAUGGAUGAUACCAAUUUUAAUUGGACUACAGCACUGAUCUGCUUUUAUAUCCCAUCAUAUUAAUUGAAAAAGGGGAUAAAUUGAAAUGGAGAUGUCAGAUGUAGAAGCCUGACCCUGGUUAGCAGAGCUGUGAGCAGCAGCAAUGCAGAGCAGCUCAGGCACCUUGGUACCAGCAGCAGGCUCAUGCUGCCCCAUGUUGGGGUGACUCUUGAGAUGGUGCUGGUGGCAACGGGUGAGCAUCCUGCGUGCUGCUGUUGUGCUUGCCCUCUACAGCAGCUCCAGGGAUCAGUCUGUGUCAGCAUGGAGUUGAUGGUGUUGUCCAUGAUAGUCUGUGUGCUUCUUUAAGUGAUAUCUGUUCAUAGUUUGUAUUUAUUUUGCACUGAACUAAGUUAUUUUCCUUUAUUGUUCAUGUUUUUAACUCUGUUUUGUACUUAACUUUGUUAAUUUGUGUUGCUUAUUUUAUGUUUGCAGUGUAUCUUCUCAUGAAAAAAAAAAAAAGUCUAAUAAAAGAAUUUUUUUUAAAUGACACUAGAAUAAGAUUUCCCCAAGAUGUACCCUAACACUGACAAUCAAGGAGUACUGGCAGGGCUAGGGCACUGGAAAUCUUCUCCUUUGGUUGGUUGCAGGACACUGCCUGCCCACUCCCAGAGUUGUCAAAGUGCAGUAGCUAGAAGUUACGGAAUUGCGUCAUGCCUGUCAGCAUGUGAAAAAGCUUAAAUUGCAGCUGGUGGGAGAUUUGCUCACCUCCAGCGGUACACAGAGCAGUCCCAGUCCUCUGCUGAGGUCUUACAGAGGGAUGGAGAUGUACUACUCCCCGGGAGAUGGCCUCUCCCCCAGGAAAGCGAUCCUUCUGUUUGGGGAAGGGACAGCACCAGGGAGCAGAAGGGGAUGGAGAGCAAUCAGUGGAGUCAGCUGUAGCAGAGUCCUAAGUGGGUGGGUGAGGAGUGUGGAGUGGAGAGGCAUGACAGUGCUUUGUGUUGCUGUGGUAAAGAGUUGAGCACCAGAAGCAUCCCACACGCUUCCUCGGCCUCACUACUGGGGACAAACACCACCCGAUGUUAAGGUAAGUGCCUGAUGGGGUGCAUGGGAGUGCUGGCCUGUGCAUGCUGCUGGUGGUGAGUGACUGCAUGCUGUGCAUGUGAGCUGCACUGUGUGCUGGGCACAGCAUGCCGCUUGUGUGAAACCACAGGUAUGGGACAAAACUAAACUGUCUACUUACAAAAAAAAGACAAUUCACAUCCCCUGCCUUCUCUCUUACUAGGCCAAGUGCUGCCUGUGGUAGAGGAAAGAAAAGAGCAAGGUGGAAAGUGGUGGCUUGUGCAAGAGAUUUGAAAGGAGAUCUGCCUAGUUUUUCUGUCAAUCCCAGAUGGGCUUUUCCCCCUCUUGCUUGCUUUUUGCCUGUGUUAAGUUGCUGAAUUCUGCUUCAUUCAGAUAACUGCUAAUUGCAUUUUAUAUUUUAGUUUUGUAGCUGUUCAGCCAUAGAAAGUGCUGUGUACAUCCAGUAGCCUGUGGGUCGCUUUGGCAGGGUGUGGUAAGAGCCCUGCUAAUCCCGGGGCCAGCUGGUCCCCUCCCAGGCACACGGCUGAGCGGGAGGGUGGGCCCCAAAACUUGGAAACCCCCUUCUGGGGGGAAAUUUCAGAAGGUCUAUUAAGAAUUCCCUGACUUUUUCCUUAGGUUACUCCAGGUUGUAAGGUUGCACUCUGUAUGACAGAGUAAAAGAAGCGCUGUAGUGUGCUGAGCUCAAGACGUUGUGCUCUGUCAGCAAAGCUUAGGUGAAACUUCUGGAAAUAAGGCAGGAGCUAUAGACAUUUUUGUGCACUGGGGAAAGGAGAGCUAGAAAUGUGGGCCAGGAGCUGGCUUCCUGCUAAGCAAAGACAGUGGAAGGAAAAAAAUCGUUUAUCUUGGCUGAGCCCGUUUAAAGAAAAUGUGAGGUCUUUUGUAAUGACCUAAAACUUCAUCUACCUGUCAGUGAUCUCACUAAGGGAAUCCUGACCCAACGCCAGGUCAGACCCAAAAGGACCCUUGAAGUUCUCUGGCAUACUGUGCACCCAGCUAUGUUGUAGAUACCCAAGAUACAGGUAUGUGUCUUACCCCGGCCAUCUGAGGUGACGUGGGCCAGCCUCGCUUGUCAGCUGGCCACCCCACUGCAGGGGCGCUUCUUUCCAGGGACGCUGAAGCAUGUCGCACGAGCUGGGGUUUAUGUUGUAUCUGUCUGGUGGAAAGCUAAGUAUAGCAUUCCCAAAUGUGCUGUGUCUCCUUCUGAACCUCGUGCUACGGAAGUAUGGGAAGAUUAAAAAGAAGCAGAAAUAAGAGGGACCAGUUGGUAUAUCUUUGAGAAGAAAAAUCCCAAAUCAGGUGCCCACAGACCAGUAACAUUCAGCCUGCAGGUGCUCACCCCAUUCAGGCCCCAAAAGUGAGGCUGAUCCUUGGGUUAGAACAAAUGUGUGUGUGGCUGGAGACCACUGAGGAAACAAAGCAGUGCAGUAUGUAUUCUAAAGCUCUCCCAGUGUUAAUCCAUGUGUGCUGGCUUCUUUUUCUACCCAUCUUGCUGCUGCUGUGCCAGCCAAGACUGGGCCAGACCCACAGAAUCGAGCCCACUGCAGAGCCAGGAGCUACGUCCACAGUGCCAAAGGAAGCUGUGAGGGAGUGCUGCAGCAUCUUGCACUGCCAAACAAGGUGCUGAGGCGGGAGCUGGCGUGUCCCCAGCUGCCUGCCACAGAGAAGAUAACAGAGAAGCUGACUGGCUGCCAUUAUCUAGGGCCAUUAUAAAAACCCAAUGAGUAUUCAUUGGUUUUUUUCCUAAGGAGCUAUCCAAAUACAGGUAUAAAUAUUAUUUUUUUUUUCCUAAAACCAUCCAUGUUAUGGCUCCAGAAGUUAACAUCUGGAUGUUUACCUUCUUUUCCUUCAAAUUGGGCUUAAGAAUCAGUGCUUCCUCAGCACCCUUUCACUGGUGUUCACAAUAGCAGUGUGUGCUGACCAUGCCUGCAGCUCCUGCAGAGGACUUACCCACCCCCUGGGAUUGCACUGGCCCAAGCUCCCCAGGAGUUUGUUCAAAAAUGAGAAUUUGAUUUACAGUGAAAGAAAGUAGGCUUAUCUUAAGCAGCAGCAGUGCCAUACAGCAGCUGGGCCCCAGGAGAGAGCCUACAAAAUGGCGGUGGUGGCACUCCCAUCCCAGGAGGGAUGGUCCAAGCGACAGCACUGUUUGUCACAGCAGAGUGUGGUCAUGUGGUCAGCCCAGCAAAUUGCUUGAUAAAGGCUGCACGUUUGAGUGGUAACAUCAGGCUUCUGCAGAGAGCUACUGCAUCCAUCUGCUGUAGUCCUGAAUGGGAAGAGAUGAGGAAACAAAAGACGGGUCCUUUUUUCUUGGAAUGUUAAUGUGUUAAUCUAGAGAACAGACCCGGAUCUGUUCAAACUGCUUGUAUGAUCCCUGGCAGAGGUUUGGCCCGGACCAAAUGCCACACUUAAGAGUCUGAGAACAGGAGUCACGAACACAGGACUAUUCUCAGUAGGUGAUUUGGAUGUGGCCACCUGGUUUUUAAGAGUAAUUGGGGUGAAUUACCACCCUAAACUACUGAUUUUCCGUACCUUGUGGGUAUAAACUGCAUGCCAGUUCUGAUUUUCCUUCCCUUUGCACUCUGAAUUUGUUGCAAGGUGAUCAAACAACUUCUCUAGUUGGAAUUGGCUGGAUGGUCACAUUCAAAGAGUUGCAGUCAACAGUUCAAUAUCUGGGUUGAGACAAGGGACAAGUGUUGUCUGCAGGGGUGGACAAGCAGUGACUGAGGCCAGUUAGCCACAACUCACCUUGCAAAAUCCAGGGGUAAAAUUGCAGGUAACCGAAAAACCCUCACCAAACUGUCCAACAGUCCCCAUCUCGUGGCAGCUGCUUCACUCACACUGUGGGUCUCCUGUCUGUCUGUUUGUCUGUGCCUUCCUCCAGGGAAAGUCUCUGGCCAGCAAGCGCCUGACGGGCCUGAUGCAGUCCUCCUGACAGUCACCCCACCAGUCUGCCACCUCACCAGGGAGGGCAGGGUGCCACGGGGGAGAGCAGGAGCAGAGAGCAGCUCAGCGAGGGACAGCCCGCCUGUCACCAAUUACAUCAAUACUUUAUCUGCACAGCUUCGUAGUGACACCGAGCUCUGCAUGGGGACUUGGAUUCCUGCUUGGGUUUGUAGGAGCACAAGCCACAGUACACAGGAAGCAACAAGACAAUGGCUUCGUGUGUUGUUAUUUGAGGAAACAGACUUCACCACUGCUUGGAGAAAGAGGAACUGAGAGAGAUCAGUGGUUUUGCUUCACCUAUUCUCUUCCUAGCACAGACACGGCUAUAAAAGAUGCCACUGCAAUCCCAUUUGCUCCUUUUCCUGUGGCCAUCUGGAUCCAAUAAAAUAUCUGCUGGAAGCUGCUGCUCCUUUCCACAAAGUAUCAAAUGCAUCUCUCCUGCAGAUCCAUUGACUUUAGCUUUGUUUUUAAUUUCCUAUGUCUCUCCUCCUUUAAAAUAUCAGGAAAAAAUGGCCCUCAUUAAGUUUGUCACUCGCUGUCCUUCCAAUGGCAUGUAGCAUGUCCAAAGAUGAUGGUCAGAUCCUCGUCCAAAGGCAGGAGACUUUGAGUGGCUUACAUCACCUGAGGAUCUGCCCCACUGCGUCAGACUGAUCUUGGUGCACAUCCUCCGACAUCGGCGGGAUUGCUCUGCAUGUACGUUUAGUGCCAGACUGCCUGACGUAGUUGUGUUUUAGAUGUAUGACGCACAUAUGCACAAACACACAGACACACACAUGCGGUAUUUAAAAGUGAGUUGUUUUCUAUUGUAUUUGGUUUUCUAUUUAUUUGAAGUUUUGCAUACUUACUUAAUGAUGGAUGUUCAAGUUUUAUUCCAAGUAGGUAGAACUGAACCACUUAGAGGAAAUUUAGCCCUGAUUACAGUGGGCCAAAAUCUGUUCAUGCGUAUACAGGGGAAAGUAACUCUGCUGUAGGCAUGUGUAAUGGAGAGCAAAAUUCAGUCUGCAGCAAGGAGAGAUCUGAUGGAGAAAGGCUUGUCAGAAGAAGUUUGUGGCUGUGCAGAUGCUUGGGUGCCUGUGUUUCACCUGAUGGAGAGCCCGUGAAUACAAAUGCAAGAGAUGACCCAAUAGUUUGUUUCAGAACGUGGGUAUUACAGAGGUUAGGAUGAAGACAGACCUGAAGUGACUUGGUUAAUGACAAAACUCACAUUAUACUAGCUGCAGAUAUGUAAAAUGGAUUGCAUUCACAUACAGUAUACUGCCUAUAUACAAAAUUUUCAAUUUCAAUUGACUUAGUACCAUGAAGCCUGUACUUUUUAAGCAGUUCAGAUCUGAAGUGUAUGUGAAAAUAGACGCUUGGUCUUCUUCCCUUAUGCCAAGCCAAGCUGGUUUGGUUUUUGUUUUGUUUUGUUUUGUUUUUUGGUUUUGUGUGUGUGUGUGUGUGUGUGUGUGUGUGUGUGUGUGCAGGUGGUAGAAAUUGCUAUAUGGGUACAUGUCUGCAUUCCUAUCUAGGCAAAAUUAUCUAUCUUGCUAAGUAGACAGCUGGCUACCAACCGUAUUUAUUUCUGUGGCAAAUAUUAUCCUAAUAUCUGAGGCUAAUGUAUGCAUAAAAUCAGGCCAGCAUAGUUUCCACCAGUAAAAGAAUUUUCCCUCUUUACCCAUGAAUUUUCUCAUUUUGAUACCUCAAUUAUUUUUCCCAGACAGCUCUUGAUAUCAAUUUUACAUAAGGUCUAUAGGACUCUACACCUGCAUGACUAUACAGUAGAGUACUGAGUACGGUAUUUGUUGUUUACACUUACCUAGUUCCUAUAAUAGGCCUAUUAACUGGGAUCUUCAGACCAAAUUCCUCCUACAUACAUGGCAAUACAUGGCAAAUGAGAGCUCCAGGACUGCAGAAUCAUCAUGGCUGUGCACGUACAUACAGGUAACAUUUUGCCUCUCAUGGAGACAUUCGGAUCUUUGCUGAUUGUCACUAAACCAUCUCAGCAGGACCUGUCCAUUCCAUGCUGACCAUCCAGCCAAAGGCUCCCCUCUGGUAGUAGUAAGUCUUUGUGCAACAGUCCCAGUUGUCCAGCCAUGCACAUUCAAACGUGUCCCCCUGUGCCACCCCUAAGAACGUGCUGUGUGCUGCCUGUAGGUAAUUUGCUGGGUUUGAACAGCCAAGAGCAUGGGGGAACUGCGGACAGUGAGUAUGCAUAUGGGCAUACAUCAGGGGGCCUGGAUCCUGAACAGCUUGCUAUCUAAAUGCACACUGGCACAGCUAAUCUGCUUAGCAGCGGCAAGCCGAGCGGAUGGAGCUGCGUAUGCUCUGUAGAGGGGAGAGCUCCCCUCCUAGCUUCCUGCCCACAUUUCUCUGAGACAAACAUCAUGAGAUCAGACAGGGUCUCCUCCUGGGAGCACAUACAAAUGGCUGUUCACGUGUCUUUUACUUCACAUAUGACAAUGCUAACGUGUAAGUAUUUCCAUGCAACCUGCAUCCUUGAAUUACUGCUGUUUAAUGACAUCACUUAUUGCAAGUGAUGCUUCUCUUGCGCACUCACCAGUGAGCACCACCCACUGAGUGCUGCAAGCAGUAAUCUGCUGCUUUAUAAGCAUCCAUGUCUUCCAGCUACCUCAUCGCCCAGAAGAUGAGUUAGGAAAUCAGUUUUUCACCUCUCCUUAUGUUCUCAAUGGCAUUGUUUCAAUGAAAAGCAGGCUUGGAAAGCUUUUACAAUCUCCAUGCUGUGAGAGCUAGCCACCAGGCAUCCCAUACCUGCAGGGCUAUAGCUGUGAAAUACAGCUGUACACUAUUAUUUGGAUAAUGGAAUAUCCAAAGCAUUAAUGACCAUCAUAGUGGGCCAGCACCAGGACAAGCACGAGGAGGUUUUGACAGGUCAGUGCAAUGUUAGGCUAAGGCAAAUGGAUUAAUACAUUCUAUGUAUGUAUAGCUCAGUGCUAAAAUCCCAUAGAGUACUGUAAUAAAAUGGUAGCAGGGCAUAAAAAGCCACAGUAAGCUGACAUAAUAAUACCAGGAUAAAUGUAGCAAUAAGGUAACACAGGCCUCUGCAGUAAAGUAGCAUUUUGGUAAUGCAGCAAUAAGACACAACAGGACGCUGCAGUAAAUUAGUUUGGGGAGUAAGGCAGUAGUGAUGGCAUGUGUGGGCAGUCUGGUGUAUUUGUGUCAGGUACUGCAGCAAUAAAGCCAACACAAGGUGUGCAAGUAAUAAGUUACUACAGUAACAGCAACACAAUGCACUGUACAGCUAUAUCAGGAAGCUUCCAUGCUGCAGGCAAGUCCUACAAGACAUGGUAAUGAGACAAGGCAACAUGUGCCCCAUUUCUAUAAAAAAUGGGUCUUUUCUCUGCAUAGUAACUAAGAUCCUGGAAUCGUCUCAUCAACACCAAUACCAUCCACUCCUGCUUUCAAGAAAGCUGAGGUGAGAGCAUUCCCCCAUCCAAACUCUUAUAUUGGUCUGGAAAUAAUGACUUGACUUGUCUUUUUGGCCAAAUUUGCACAGAUGGUGAGGUUCCUCAGUCACUCCUCAUUCAGGUGACGCCGGCAAUUCAUUGGUCCUUUGCCUUGGGAAGGCUUUGGCUCUGUCAACUUCUGGAAUGGGUGGUGCUUUCAGACUACAGCUAUUUCUGUUUUGGGGGAAGAUGGGAAACUAGGUACAGGACAUCUGACUGUACUGUCCUGUUUCCUGAAAUGCACAAAUAAAUUGAGCAUCCUGGAAAAGUCAAAGCAGUGAGGACCGAAUCUGUUCUGUCUGUCAUGCACAAAUGGAGAAUCUUGCCAGAAUCAGUGGGAAACCAAUGUAUGCCCAUGGGACCAGUUCUCAGUGUCACCAGGUGGGUGGCU